AUGGCAGAGAAGGCAUUCGAGGUCAAUGAGCGUGUUGAUGCCGAAGGUGAUGGCCGAACCAAGGAGAUCCAGGUGCACAGCGUUGCCCUGACCGCGGCCGUGGAGGCGCAACCGCCCAAGCUAUUGUCCAAGGGCAUGCUGAAGUUGUACUUUAUCAUGACAAUUGGCUACCUCGUUUCGACGCUGAACGGGUUCGAUUCCUCCCUGAUGGGCUCCAUCAACGCCAUGGAGUCGUACCAAAAGACAUUCGGUCUUAGCGGCGCAGGAUCCUCGACGGGAAUCAUAUUCAUCGUCUACAAUCUCGGCCAGAUCGCCGCGUUCCCGUUCUGCGGCUUCUUCGCCGACGGAUAUGGUCGCCGCGUGUGCAUCUUUGUCGGGUGCGCGCUUGUCCUCGUCGGCACGGCCGUUCAAGUUACAGCCCACGGAACCGGCCACUUCAUCGCCGGCCGGUUCAUCCUGGGCUUCGGCGCCUCCAUCGCGUCUGCCGCCGGACCGACGUACACCGUCGAGCUCGCCCAUCCCGCAUACCGCGGCUUCAUGGCCGGCAUGUACAACAACUUCUGGUGGCUAGGCAACAUCCUCGCCGGCUGGACGACCUACGGCACAAACCUGCACCUGGGCCACUCCUCCUGGGCAUGGCGCCUCCCGACCCUCGUCCAAUGCAUCCUCCCCGGCAUAACAAUGAGCCUCGUCCUCUUCUUCCCCGAAUCCCCCCGCUGGCUCAUCAUGCAAAACCGCCACGCCGAAGCCCUCGCCGUAAUGGCCAAAUACCACGCCCCGGACAACAACCCCUCCUCGCCCAUCGUCCAGCUCCAAUACCAAGAAAUCACCGCCGACCUCACCGCCACCACCACCCACGACUCCUCCCCCUGGUACGACUUCUCCGCCCUCUACAACACCCGCCCCGCCCGCUACCGCCUCGCCCUCGUCAUCGCAAUGUCCUUCUUCGGCCAAUGGAGCGGCAACAACGUGGUCUCCUACUUCCUCCCCCAAAUGGUCCUCCAAGCCGGCAUCCGCGAUCCAAGCACCCAACUCCUCAUCUCCGCCAUCAACCCGCUCUUCAGCAUGCUCGCCGCCAUCCUCGGCGCCUCCCUGCUCGACCGCCUCGGCCGCCGCACAAUGCUGCUCGGCGGCCUCGCCGGCGCCCUCGUCGCCUACAUCCUCCUCACCGCCUUCACCGCCCGCACGCCACACAACCCGGACCUCGCCUACGGCACCAUCGUCUCCAUCUACGCCUUCGGCAUCUUCUUCGCCUGGGGCUGGACGCCGCUGCAGACGCUCUACGCCGUCGAGUGUCUCGAGACGCGCACGCGCGCAAAAGGCUCCGGCCUCAAUUUCCUCUUCUUGAAUGUCGCUAUGAUGGUCAAUACGUAUGGGAUUAGCGUGGGGAUCGAGCGGAUCGGCUGGCGGUUGUAUCUGGUGUAUAUUGGGUGGAUUGUGGUGGAGAUGGGGGUUGUGUGGGGGUUUUUUGUCGAGACGGCGGGGCAUACGCUUGAGGAGUUGGGGAGGGUGUUUGAGGCGAGGAGGCCGGUGGAGGCGAGUUUGCGGAAGGUGAGGGUGGAGCGAGCCGUGAGGCCGGGGUCUAUAAAUAUAUAA